GGCAGCAGCCAGCAUGUAGUGUUACAUGUGUCCCUAUUCUGUAUAGUGACAUCAAUGUAUGUUGGGUAAUAGGGGCCUGUCUUUCCCCGCCUGGCUGGGGUGAGGUUACACCGGCUGUGUCCCUCUGAUCGCCGGGGCUGCGUGGCAGGAAAUCCCGGCCAGGUCUAGGCUUGCAGGGCCGGCUCCCCUGGCUGUGUAGGUGUCCGCCAUGCUGUGGGGUGAGAGCCUGCUGGCCUCGUUCAGCACCCUGUUCCUGUUCGGACUGCUGCUGACCCGCAGCCCCGUGCUCUCCUCCGUCCUGGUGUGCGCCCUCUUCUUCCUGCUGUCCGCCGCCCGCUUCCAGCCGGUGCCCCGCUCCCGGGCCCAGCAGGUGCUAAAACCCCGGGGCAGGGUGUCUGUGAUCGCCCAUAGAGGAGGUGCACACGAUGCCCCCGAGAACACCCUGGCUGCCAUCAGGACGGUCAGUACCCUGCAGGGCUGCCAUACCAUGAUCUUACAUAGAGCACUCCUAUAGAGAAUAAUAUUGGGGUUUCAGGUUAAAGGGUUAAUAAUUCAAGGGUUUAUUUACUAAACCACGAAUUGAAAUCAGAAUUGAGGCAAAAAUAGCCAAAGCUGUGAUAAUUGGUGAGUUGGUGAUUUAAAAAUUUUUUACAAAUUGUGGAUUUUUAAAAAUUUUUUUAUCAAUAAUCGUAUAAGCAAAUUUCUAAUUUUAGACCGAAAUAGUCAUAUUGAAAACAUACCUAGUUUGAAGAUUUUCUUUCUUUUUUGGGGGGGAUUUCCGCUGUUGUGGCAAUUACCUGGUAAAUCGAACUUUAACAAUUAACCCAGUGCAUCGCUUGUUUGCAUACUAUCCGAGUUACCAUUGCUGUGACUGGUAUCUCGCUGUAUAUGUUAUGUCAUCAAGUACCCCUUGGUCUCACAUUUAUUUAUUUAUUUGUAUUUGUAGAAUAUUUUACCAUGAUAGAUACACUGAGAUUUCUCUCCUUUUCAGUAAUGUUCUUGAGAGCGUAUAUUAUUACGUUGUUACAUGUUUAUUAUUUAUUAUUUCUAAAUGGCACCGACAUAUUCCGCAUCGCAUUACAAUUUUAUGAAGGAGGGAAUUAAACAAUAGAUGAGACAGUUACAAAAUGUUACUGGAACAAUAGGUUGAUGAGGACCCUGCUCAAAUGGGCAUCUAGACAUGUAUUUAAAGGCAUGUAGCAUACAAUGUAGCAAUACAAUAGUUUUUUUUUUAACUUUCAUGGGACUGGUAACUUCCUUCAUGGAGAGGAAGAAGCUUUGUGAAAAAAUCAUAAAAUAAGAGUUUAGUAGAUUUACAAUUCAUCUUCGCUUUGUUUCUAUAGAAGCAUAUGAAAUCUUGGCGCACAAUAACUGCAGGUAUAGUAUUCUCAUACCCUUGCAGACCAGUUUUUUGUUUAUGCAGCUUUUCUGAUCGCAGCUCAUAGUCUUUCAAAGAAAAAAGGGGGGGGGGGAGGGGGACACAUUCUCUACACUUAAAGCACUGAAGCAAACAAAGCUCUUUUAACAGUAAAUUUCCAAACUCACCGAUUUGCCCCUAAAACUCUCUGAAACCCCGACUUUAAAGGAUCACUAUAUAACCCUUAGGUCCCCCCACCCUCAGGGCCCCCCUCCCGCUGGGCUUAAGGGGUUAAAACCCCUUUAGCUACUUGUUUUAAUCCAGCGCCGGGCUCCCUCGGCGCUGGUGACCUUUCCUCCCCCCCCGGCAUCAGCUCCCAAGUGAAGUGGAAUGUGCAUGCGCAGCCAGAGCCGCGCGCAUUAAAAAUGCCCAUAGGAAAGCAUUUCUCAAUGUUUUCCUAUGGACGUUCUGCGUUGCAGAAGCGCCUCUAGCGGCUGUCAGGAAGACAGUCACUAGAGGCUGGAUUAACCCUGCAAUGUAAACAUAGCAGUUUCUCUGAAACUGCUAUGUUUACAUCUGAAGGGUUAAAACGUGGGGGACCUGGCACCCAGACCACUUCAUUGAGCUGAAGUGGUCUGGGUGACUAUAGUGGUCCUUUAGUUAUUUGCAGAACACCGAGCAGCCUUUUUUGGCCAUUGUAUAUGCAGGUUCCCUAGAGAUCUCUAUUGGAAACCAAUUUUAGCACAACAAUAAUGCAGGUCAGAAAUUCACAGAUUAUUUCAAUUUAGUUCACUGGGUUCAUUCUCAUCUAAAUGAAGGAAUUGCAGGCUCGUUAUAAAAGCAGAAUAUAGUAUGAUUAGAUGGUCAUAUUAGAUGUUGCCACCGAUGUGUCUUAUUAUUGCAUUACAUGUCUAAAUAGACACUGUAAACAUUUUGUAGACCUGGUUAGCCAUUACUAACAGCUAGCAACUGUUACAAAGAACACAAGAGAGGGCUGUGUGAUGUUAUUUUUUCACUCCUAAAUUGAUUUUGUGGCCUAGUAAAUGUCUUCUUAUUUAACCCCUUAAGGACCAAACUUAAGGUCAAGCAACCUUGGUUAAAUAACAAGCCUCUGUUAUUUCCCAGCUAAAAAAAACUAGAAUAUUUUACCCUUACAUUGCAGCAGAGUAAAUACAUAUUAAUCCAUUCUAUACCAGUUAUAAUACUACAUCAACCACCAUUAUAAAGAACAAAAAAAAUAAAUAAAUCACCACCAAAAGCAUCCAAGCACAUUUUUAUAGAUGGAAAGUAAAAUGACUUCCAUCUUCACCCUUGUACUGAUUUGCCAUAGAAUAGAACACAAAUACUUGAGUUGUUUACAUUUAAAGGAAUCCUUAGCAAGUUGUUAUGGUUCCUGGAGUCAUCCACGGGCGUCUAACCUUUAAGUGUUAAGCUAUUAUUGUAUGGCUGAAUCCAACCACCAUGAUUAAGUGAUUUAAAGUGGUCAUGUUGGAAGGAGUCUAGAUUUGCAGCAUUUCUGCUUGAAACGCUAAACAUUCAGGGAUAUUUGCACUUCUGUGCUGGGGACUUGUUGCAACCAUGUUAGUUAACGCAAGUUUUGUUUGUUUUGCUUUAAUUCUUACUGAAAAUCUCUCCUCGCUCCCUCCCAUUGCUGCAUAUGCUGUGACCCAGUGAAAUAGUAUAAUCACAGGCUUCUUUAUGAGAAGCCUUUGAUUGGACCACAGUUUUCCCUUGGUGACAUCAACUGGAGGAGGAUGAUCAGCACUGGGAGCUUCACCGGUGCUGGUUACAGGAAGUUUUAACUCUUUUUUUUAAUUUUAAAGGAUCACUAUAGCGUCAGGAACACAAACAUGUAUUCCUGACCCUAUAGUGUUAAAACCACCAUCUACCCACCCAGGGCCCCUCAUGUCUCCAUAAAUAUAGUAAAUAUCUUACUGUAUUCAAGCCUGAAGCUGUAACUCUGGAUGCUGUUUUUCUCAGAAAAACAAGUAAUCUGCUGACAUCAUCAGAAGUGGUAGCUUGAUCCAAUCACAGUGCUUCGCCAUAGGAUUAGCUGAGACUGACAAGGAGGCAAAUCAGGGGCAGAGCCAGCAUGAUUCAAACACAGCCCUGGCCAAUCAGCAUCUCCUCAUAGCGAUAAAUUGAAGCAAUGAAUCUCUAUGAGGAAAGUUCAGUGUCUACAUGCAGAGGGAGGAGACAAUGAAUGUUUGGAUGCAUUUUAGGCAGCCAUGACCCAGGAAGGAUCUCUAACAGCUAUCUGAGGAGUGGCCAGUGAAGUUAUCACUAUGCUGUAAUGUAAACACUGCCUUUUCUCUGAAAAGACAGUGUUUACAGCAAAAGGCCUGAAGGUAAUGAUUCUACUCACCAGAACAAAUUCAAUAAGCUGUAGUUGUUCUGGUGACUACAGUGUCCCUUUUAUUUUUUUAUGGUUUAAGGUGGAAUUAGCAAUGCCCAAUAAUGUAAGACAAAAAAACUAGACUGUCAAAAAGAGUCAGAGUAACCCUUUUAGGUGUGUCCUCAGGUUCCGGUCUUCCCCCCUUCAGGCUAAUGAGGAAGUAUUAGAGCACGUGAAGAGGUGGCAUUGAUUGAGAGUGUCAGCUGAGUUAUAUCAAGUUGUUAUGGUGCCCAGAGUAUCCCUUUAGGAAAUAUAUCCACUUCGUUGUAAACAUUUAGGUUUUGUAACUAUUACUACAUUUGCAGGCCAAUUUAAAGGACCACUAAAGGCAUCCAGACCACUUCAGCUCAAUUAAGUGGUCUGGGUGCCAUCUAGGUUUUAACCCUGCCUGCUGUAAACAUAGCAGUUUCAGAGAAACUGCUUUGUUUACACUAGGGUUAAUCCAGCCUCUAGUGGCUGUGUCAUUGACAGCCGCUAGAGGCACUUCCGUGCUUCUCACUGUGAUUUUCACAGUGAGAAGACGCCAGCGUCCAUAAGAAAGCAUUGAGAAAUGAUUUCCUAUGGACUGACUAAAUGCGGGCGCGGAUCUUGCUGCGCAUGCACAUUCGUCGGAAGAGGUAGGAGAGCCCCCAGCGCCAAGGGAGCCCGGCGUUGGAGAAAGAUAAACAUUUAACCCCUUCCUUCCCCUAGAGUCCGGCGGGAGGAGGGCCAUGAGGAUGGGGGGGGACUAAUUAACACUAUAGUGCCAGGAAAACGAGUUUGUAAAAACUCUUCAGAUUAUAAAAAAAAAUAAAUAAUAGACAGCAACAAUUGUUUUGAUAUGGAAUUGCAGAAAAAAACAUACAAAUAUUAAUUUGCUGUAUUCAGAUUCAGGACAAGGAAUUGAAUAUAUUUUGUGAAAUCUAUGCUCAGUUGCAUUAGUAGUUUUAAAAAUAAUCCUUGCCAUACAGAAAAAAAAUAUUCUUCAUGCACUUUUCUUUAUGUAUUUUAUUUAUAUAAAUGAUGAUUGGUACAGAUAAUCGAUAGAAAACCCUGCAAGUUCUUAAAAUAGAUUGUGUAGUGCACUAAACAGCAAAAAUGCAGAAAUAUUAAAACUGUUCUGGUCCUUAAAGUGUUAAAAUAACAGAAUGGUCACCAUAGCAUUGUCUAGUGUGGCAUUUUAUCUAUUGUUUAAUAUCCCUGCUCAUUGCUUGGAAACAUGUCUACCCCUUGGGCAGUCAAGUUGCUGUGCAGCCAUGUGUAGACUUGAGAACGCUACUGGUGUUUUCUUUUUGUUUUUUUGUUUGUUGUUUUUUUAUGUUUGAAGGGCCUUACCUUGCAAUUUGGAAACAAUGUUUAUUUGUAGGCACAUUUCUGAGCAAUCUGAUUCUGCCCACACUGACCUUCUAAUUAACAAGAGAGUUCUCAAUGAAGAUAUACUACACCACCCAGUGGGCUGAAAAUGAAGUGGUUUGCUUGUAUACACACACACACUUGGAUUAGCCGUAUUAGUCCAGUAGACAAGAUGCCAGAAAUACCAGAGUAUUGCGGUGUGCAAUGAUACCUUUUUUUAUUGGACAAGUUUUCCUCUCUUCCUCAGGUCUGAAGCAAUACUGAUCAAUCUGAAAGAGUUUAACCCUUAAAACAGCUGAUGUUAGAGAAGAGGAGGGAGGGGAGUGAGUGGGGUGUGAUAAACAGCAGAAGAUGUGCCUGAAAGUGAAAGGUGCAAGUUGGCUGAGAAUAGCCAGAAAAAGUAAAUACACAGAGGAGAGUAAAAAAGCUAGUUAAAAAGAAAGAAAACAGCAGAGCAGGACAUGGAAGUAUAUAGCUGAAUGUGUGUGUGUGUGUUUAGUUGUUCAGAUUUGUCCGACUCUGCAUGACCAUAUGGACCAUAGCACGUCAGGUACAUCUGUCAGUCACUGCUCCUCUGAGGUUCAACAACUUCAUGUUCGUGGCUUCAGUGACCUCAUCUACCCAUCUCCGUCUCUGUCGUCCCCUUCUUCGUGUGCCUUCAAUCUUUUUCAGCAUCAGUGUUUUCUCUAGAGAAUCCUUCUCAUUAUAUGGUGAAAAUAUUUGAGCUUCAGCCUCAUGAUCAUAGCUUCCAGUGAACAGUUUGUCUUGAUUUCCUGUAGUACGGAUUUAUUGGAUCUUCUUGCAAUCCAAGGGAUUCUAAGCAGUUUUCGCCAACACCACAGUUCAAAUGCAUCAAUUCUACGACGCUCAGGCUUCUUUAUAGUCCAGCUCUCACAUCCGUAUGUUACUACUGGGAAUACCAUAGUUCUGACUAUGCGGACUUUUGUUGAUAGUGUAAUAUCUUUAGUUUUUACCAGCUUGUCCAAGCUUGCCAUAGCUUUCCUCCCCAGAAGCAAACGUCUUUUAAUUUCAUGACUAUAGUCACCAUCUGAAGAGAUCUUGGAUCCCAGGAAAAUAAAAUCUGUCACUGCCUCCACUUCUUCCCCAUCUAUUUUCCAGGAACAGAGAUUGCUGUUUGCCAUGAUCUUAGUCUUUUUAACAUAUAGCUGCAUAUAUGUAUGUAUAUAAAUUGAUCCAAUAAAGGUGAAAUGAGAAUAUUGAAAAAGUAUAUAUUAUAUAUUGAACUAUAUAAGACAUUAAGAUGUGUGUUUAUAAAAAGUUUUGGUAGUGUGUGAGAAAGCCAGAGUCUACAUUAAGUCCUUCAUUUCUGAUGUUGAAAUAUGUGAUCAUUUCCAUCUCAAAUGUCUUUCGUUCAUGAGAGUCUCUGGAAUUCCCUCUAAGAACUUUAAUCCUGAGGUUUUGGAUGGAGUGACCAGUCUGGGUGAAAUGAUGACCAACAUGGGUACAAUAUCCGUUUUCCUUGUGGUUCUUGAUUGAGUGUCUGUGCAGAUUCAUUCUGAGCUGCAGCUAAAGGCCAGUUUCUCCAAUGUAGCAACCUUUGUCACACACUGUACACUGUAUCAUGUACACCAUAUGUUAUGUUAGUCCAAUUAGUCCAAUGAGUUGAGCUCAUUUGCAAACACCUACCCAGAAUCCCUUGCAGUAGUGAGAGCACUGUUAAAGUGAGAUUUCUGUGGUCAAAGCAAGUCUUAUGGCUUGCAUGGUGUGUGUAUUUGGUUUUUAACAUUUCAUUAAGUAUAAAUAUCUAUAUGUAGAUAUAUAUAUAUAUAUAUAUAUAUCAUAUUUGUGUUACCUUGUUUAUAAAUCAUUUCUAUUUCUUAACAGUGAUAUGACAUAUUUAAGCACAUGAUAAAUGAUGGUAUUGAUUUUGCCACAGGCAGCGGAACAUGGGGCAACAGGGGUGGAAUUGGACGUAGAGUUUACAUCGGACGGAGUCCCCAUUCUAAUGCACGAUGACACAAUAGACAGGACCACAGAUGGCAUUGGCAGUCUGCGAGACAUCUCAUACGCUGACCUCAGGAGGAUGAAUGCUGCAGCUAAACACCGUCUGCGGUGAGUGUGCUAUAUCAGUCGGGGAUACCUAAUGUUUCAAAGGGAUAAACAUCUGUCCCUGGUGGCAAUUUUGUAUGCCGACUCAUAUGGAAAGUAAUAUAUAAAUAUAGAAGCAAUCAAAGCAACAGUUAUUUCAUAUCCACAAAAGGUGGAUUCAAAAGACGUAUUACCAAGCCUUAGAAUGGUCGGACUUAACGUUUUAAAUUAGCAAGACUCAAGGUCAAGAACAAAUCAAGGUCAGGGAUACAGAAAUACACAAAGUCAAGACAAAGCCGGGUCAAGAUACCAGAAAUCACAAGUCAAUUACGAAGCCGAGGUCAGUAUACCAGAAAUCACAAGUCAAUUAUGAAGCCGAGGUCAGUAUACUAGAAAUCACAAGUCAAUUGCAAAGCUGAAGUCAGGAUACCAGAAAUAACAAGUCAAAUAUGAAGCCGAGGUCAAACAUAGGACAUCAGAAGGUAAUCUCUAGGAGCACUAAACGAGGAUCUAACAAUAAUCCACGAUAGGGCAGUGAAUGGAAGCUAAAACAAGCCUUAGAUAGGUUUAAAAGAGUACCCAUUGGUCCACGUCAUCUCUGCAACCCUAAACAGCAUUAGGUUGCCUAGAUCAGUGUUCCCCAACCCAGUCCUCAUGGACCCCCAGCAGUCCAUGUUUUGUCAGUAUCUUCAUUGGAAUAAAACAGGGAAAUACAUAAAUCCUGGACUGUUGGUGGUCCCUGAGGACUGGGUUGGGGAACACUUGCCUAGAUGACUUGGUUCUUUAAGGUCAUGACGUCCAGGCAAUAUUUUAUUUAUAGGUGCUGCAGUUUGACCCACGAACCAGCAGAGGGAGCCGUUCGUGGGACCAAAUGUAAGCAAUCUGUUCAGGCCGCACGGCCACGUGGAGCAUUCGGGCCGCGCAGUCCUAGGACUGAGGCAAUGCGGCCACGGGGUUAGUUCUGCCCGCAUGGCCGGAGGAGAGGAGCGGCGCGGGCGCUGCCGGGUAAAGGUACGUUUGAGACAGGAGUAAAAUCGAAACCUAAACUUUCAUAGGAAUAACUUAAAAGGAAAUAUGUAUUACGAUAACGAUGAUGUUGCUAAAUAAAAAGGCCGUGUUUAAAUAUGCUACUUCAUUCACGCUCUACUCCUACAAAUGAUUUUAUUUUGAGUACCCCAGCGCAGUUGAGAAAACAUUCUGUAAUUUUCAAUCGUUUAGUAGCCCGUUACUUAACUAUGAGAAUAAAGUGCACUCUCCGUAAGUUAAGCUUUUAUUAUUUCUUGUUGCUAUAAAUGGAAAUCAUUAGCAGAGCCAUAAAACAACCAGUGCAGUAAAAUGUUUUUUUCCUCCUCUGUCAUAGGAAUCAAUUCCAGGGCGAGAAGGUUCCUACCUUGGAAGAGGCAGUAAGAGAAUGUAUAAAUUACAACCUGACUAUUUACUUUGAUGUCAAGGGCCAUGCUAAUGAGGUAAUAAAGAGAGCUUCACCCUUUGUCUGGUCUCUUUUACAUUUUCUUGCUUGAAUUAAAAUUAAACGUUUGUUAAACCUUUUAUCUUGUUGGGUUCGCGUGCAUUUUAUAGUUAGACUCAGCUGUAUAACCUGUACUUAGAUAUAGCUGAUAUGCUCUAAUAAAGAGUUUAACAUCGUUAGUAGAUCAAUAGUGACAUAUAAGAUUUUCAGCAUUGGUGUUCCAGGACCAGGCUGGGCUAACCUUUUUAUAAUGCAUAAUAUCUCAAUCUCGCCAAUGAUAGUCUUACAGUGUGCGGCUUUUAAUGAAACACUAUGGAAGAACUAUAGUUAUCCAUAAAAUUUCUAUACAGAUGAAUCUGAUAUGAUAGAAGAAAUGCUUUGUCAAAUGCACUCCUGCACUGGAAUAUUCAGAUUGGCUUUGUAAUAGAACUGAGUGAGACAUUUUCCACAACUCAACCUAUUAUGACCUAAAUAUUUAAACUUGGCUUUCGUUCAGCACUGUUUAAUGUGACUAAAUCUCUUUUCAAUAUACUUUACUUUCUGAUCUAUACAGUACUUUUGCUAGCAUGUGUUAAAAAGUUUAACAAAAAGAGAAGUCCUAUUUUUCCUACAAAACCAUUCAUGUCAAGGUGAAUGUUAAUGCAUCCCUUUUCACGAAUUAAACAUUUGUAAUGUUUAUUGAUAAUGAUUCACACUAUAUUUUUUUUUCCCUUUAGGCGGCCAAAGCUCUGAGGAAGCUGUACGUGUCUUACCCUCGUCUAUACAACAGUAGCAUUGUCUGUUCAUUUGAACCAAGUGUUAUUUAUAAAGUAAGUGAAACUACACUACUUCCUCCAACAAAUUUUAAAAGGGGCCUUAAAGAGUGAGUUGGCCAGAGAUUGGGGGAACGGACACCAGAUGAAAAGUAGUUAGAAUUCAAAUUGAUUUUUAUCUUUCCAUAUUGUCUGUGUACAUUGAGGUGCAGCUUGCUUCUCAUUCGGAAGGGAUAUUUUAUCUAUAACUCUAGUACUGGAAUCAGUGUAGAGCUGAGAUGUCCAGUUCAAGGGAAAUUCUCAGAAAAAUCUAGAAGCUUCAGAUUACUUAUCAGUUGCAUUACUCUUGCCUGAGACUUUUUAUACGAAAUCUUAGAGGUUUGUGAAAUAAUUGUCUGUUGAUAUUGAAAAUGAGCACAUAUGAAGGUCAUCUAUAUUCCCAGUUCCUAAGGCAGUACAUUUUCUUAGUCAAAAAUUAUAUAUAUUUCUUUGUAUUAACCUGCUACCUGUCACUCCAGUGUCACCAUUCCAGGAGGCUCCAUGGGUGUUACAUUAUUGUAACCACCAACUUGUGAUUCCUCCCCCUCUCAGAUGCGGUUGUACAACCAUCCCUAAUGACAGCAACAUGCUGGCUUCACUGCCAGCACAUCGGAUUGAGGGCAUCCUGUACUUCCACUACAGGUGUGAGAAAUACUGGAAUGUAAUCAAGCUCAUCAUUGUUACAUGUCUCAACUAUCAUUUUAAAAUUGAUGAUUUACAAUCGUUAAUAUAGUAAAUUAAAUAGGGAUAGACCAGAUUUAUAUUCCUAAUACUAUGGAAUCCCUUUCAUAAAAAUACUUUAUUACAAAAAAUAAGCAAUCUGUGGCUGCCAAUACAUUUCGGGCCAGAUUAGUGGCACAGUUUUCACUUUCUGGUAGGCUUGAGAUUUCACUUGUACUUUUGUUGUAUUGUGAAAGCCUUGUCACUACUUUAUUCGUUAUUUAACUGUUAUUGCUGAUUUUUGUAAUAAAGGCAUUUUUAUUAUGAUUAUAGUAUUGUGCGCAUCCAUAUAACAUAGGAUCCUAAUUUUGUUGAAAAAUAGCUGUGCUACUUUCAGAGUUUUUGCAUGUUUUGGUGUUGUGGCAGCAAGGGGAGAAGCAAACAGGGGGUUUACUUACCUGGAGCUCCCUCUCGCAGGUGCGUCAUUUCUGUUGGGUUCUGUCUUUAUCUCCUAGUGCGUCAUCCAUUGAAAGCCCAUGUAUCUGUUAUUCUCUGUGCUAACUAUGGCUACUAGAAAUUGACCAUAGCUGAUGGCUGUAAACUUUUCUCAACCUUGACCUAACCCAUAAGACGAAGUAAUCCCUACUUUGUCUUAUGAUAUAUUUUGAUUACAUUGAAAUUUCAAGGUUAACAUAUGUUGUAGGUGAUUUAAUUUGUUUUAUUCAAUGAUAUAAUUUCUAAAGAAGUAGCGAUGCUUCUUGAACUGUUUUUCAGAUAAGGCAAGCCGACCAAAAUGUCAUCACCGCUCUAACACACAGACCUUGGAGUCUCAGUCAUUUCGGAGAUGGUAAAAAAAAAUUUGACUCUUUUUGGAAACAUUACUGGUACAUGUUCCUGGACAUUUUGCUCGACUGGGGACAGCACAACAUUCUUUGGAACUUUUGUGGAAUAUCCGCCUUCUUAAUGCAGAAGAAUUACAUCUCAAAGUAAGUUUAGUUUUAUAAUGGUAUUUAAAAAAAAAAACUAAACUAAAGCACACAGGGAUGUUUAUAUUUUAAGGUUUUAUGGUUUCUAACUUUUUUAUUAAGGAAGACUAUGGUUAUGCUGGCGUAUUUAGAGGAAUCUUUUGAAUUACAGGGUUAAGAAUAAUUUUGAUGAAACUAUAUGCUUCAUUUUGUAUAGUUUUAUAUCUGGGAGCAUCCCGAGGACUUGACCUGCUUCUUGAAAACGUCCUGCUAACUGUGAUAAAGACAAUCAAGCCUCUUUUCACUGAUUUACAGUUCUAUAAGACCAAAAUGACAAAUGGAUUACCGCUUUCUCCCUCUGAAGGUGUUAAGGAGUUGGUAAUGUCACCAACACAAUGUCAUAGGAACUGAUCCCCAAUGCAGAAAAGAGGAAGCCCACAAAAGGUGGAUCCAAAAGUAUUAUUACCCAGCCUUAGAGAGGCCGGACUUAACGUAUUAACAUGGCGAGAAUCAAGGUCAAGGAUACAGAAAUACACAAAGUCAAGACAAAGCAGGGUCAGGAUACCAGAAAAUACAAGGUCAAUACGAAGCCGGGUCAGGAUACCAGAAAUCACAAGGUCAAUACGAAGCCGGGUCAGGAUACCAGAAAUCACACGGUCAAAUACGAAGCCGAAUUGACCACCCAGAUCACAGCACUGCAUGUUUCAUUGGAACAACAACAAUCUAAAGUGAAGGUUCUACAAGCAGAGCUAGUAAAAUAGCAGGGUGGUAAAAAAGGUAAAAGGUGUUCUGAAUCUGAUCAUGGCAGGUGAUCUAGAACUUCCAAGUUGCCAGAAGAUCGAAAGAAGCAUUUUCUAAAAGCGCUAACUUUUCUGCAGUGUUCAAGUACUGCUGUUGAAAUGCCAUACUUUGUUAGUUUUUCAUGUUGAAUAAAACAUAUCCUUGCCCCCACCCCCCAAAAAAAAACUAUUUGUAGACUCACCAGAGAUUUAUUUUUGGCCAGAUAAUUUUUUAAUCGAAAUUAUCGUGGAGUUAAGCUCACAAAAAAGAGCAAACAAAUUAAUGCUUUAAAUCAGAGAAGCAGCAAAACAGACAGGGUUAUUCACUAAUGUGAGAAUUGUCAGGAACUUAUUUCAAAUAUAAAGCCAAAGUAGCUAAAGUGGAAGCAUAGCUGACAUGGAGAUUUAUUCCAGUUCUUCACUUUUGACCUUCAAUAUGAAAUUUACAUUGAAUUGGAACUCCUGAAAAAAAAAAAAUUUCACGUAAAUUUUUGGAUAAAGUACAGUUGCAUGAUAUAAACGCAAAUACUGAGUAGUACAUAACAUGACAUGGUCAGAGUAGCAAUCACAUAAACAUGGUAAUCAAACAUUAGCUAUUUUUUAAAUAGGAAGGUUUUACAGAUAGUAAUGAGUAGCCUGGGGAAUGGGUAGAGUGGAUAGGUUAAACCUGGCAUUUCGGGUAGUAUACACGAUCAUGAAUACCAGUAGGUACAAUAUCAGGUUAUCAGCUAGUGCACCCCUAACCAUGCAGGGAUCAGGCCGUCGAGUACGGUAGCCAAAUCAAAGCCCAGAGGUGGAUAGCAGGCCCCAGAUCUGCGUUUUUGCCGCUUCGACUUAGAAGUGUGUAAAAACGUCAUAUGUCGUUGAGGCAAGCUUCACAAAGUGUAAAGGCAGGCGGUCAGCUCUCAGAUGCUCAAAGUGUUUUCCACUGAACCUUAAGAACCAAAUGGCAAGAUUGAGGCCAAAAUAGCUUUUUUGGAAUAUUCUCUAACUCUACUAUACCCACAGGUUGAAUAUUUUGCAUCAACUUUGGAAUAUAGACUUUAUCAGUGAGGUAAUGUUUAAGGCAAAACAAGAAAUGUUCCAUAAGUAUAGGCAAACUAUCUAAAGUAGUCCAGUGACUUAAAACAUCUCGGUCACCUUCUGUGGUCUUCACAUAAUUAAUCCCUACUUUUUCUUUGCUAUAUAUUUUUACUGCAUUCAAUCAAUGUGAGUAUUUAAUCAAAAAUUUAAUCUUUAUGAAAUACUAAUUUCUUAACGAUCACUGUUCUGUAGAUAAAUAAUUGGAGCGUAUUGUCUAUGUUGUGGUAUUUUGUUUUCUCUUCACAGAGAAUAUGUUGACCAGUGGAACCUCAGAGGUAUUGAAGUUGUGGCAUGGACAGUUAACAAUGCGUCUGAAAAAUUUUAUUACGAAAACAUCUUGAAUAGCAGCUACAUCACUGACAGUAUGGUCGAAGAUUGUGACCCACACUACUGACCUGGCUAGUUGGAAGCUCUUCUUUUGGUUGAGAGAUUUGUUGAACGACUAUGUGAAUCUGUGCUGUGUGGACGUGUUGUCUUAUCACUUACACCUUCCAGUGCAUGAAGAUCACAUGAAACAACGUCUCAGUAAUUUUGUUGCACACUUGGUAUCUGGAAUUACAUUUUACCAGGUUAUAAAAGACUAUAGUUAUCAAAACCUGUGCUAAAUUGGUUAAUGUUCUAAUAAAGGGGAAUGGAAUCUAUCAGGGAUUUAUAUGGUGCCUACCUCUAGAUUUCUGGGAAAACCGUGGUAUCUUAACUGAUUAAUUUUGUGCCUCUUGGAAACGUAUUAAUGAGGGAUGUCCAUUCUUCUUUUUAAAGGGAAUGUAACGUUUAUUUUUUCUUAUUUCAAACAGCACAUUUCUGUUAAUCCCAUGUCUGCAAGAAGUUGGAUUAGAGAUUAAUUCCUCCCUGUCAGUGAAGAAGAAGCUCAUAUUAACUUUAGGGUUCUAGGACCAUAUUUGUGUUCUUAUGGAAGCAGUCCAUAAGUAACUUCAUACUGUCACCGAGAGUAACAAUGCUUUGAUAGUAAACUGUGCUUUUUAUUAGCUUGUUCAGGGCCUGUAACAACCUAUGUUGUCAUAAAAAGCUGCUCAUUCAAUUAAAAAACACAAACAAACCUCAUGACAGUAUCAGUCCAUAUAUUGAGUUGCUGGUGCUAAAUAAACAGGACACUCCAUGUCAAUAGAGAAGCUGCUUAGUCUUAAUUUUUCAUGAUGACAUUUAGUGUCGUUGAUCCAGUUCUUAUCAUUUAGUUGUGACAAAUCGAGAUAACAAUGUUAUACAAUGUAUUUAUUUGAGAAUAAUGGCCAGAAGGUGUAGGUAUACAUCAGGGCUUGAUUUAAAUACGGUGUGAGUAACAGGGACCUACACUUAUAAGUGGAGCACUCAAACUUAUAUAUUGCUUACCAAGCGUUGUUUCAUAUCAUGGUACAUGUAAAAGAAUACAGAAGAAUACAAUAUAGUGCAGAUUGUAUAUACAAAGUGACAGUGCAAUAAUGGUGGUAUAAUCUUAAUGGCUGGUACACUCACAUUCCAAGGAGCCUGUAUAUGUGUAUAUAUAUAUAUGUGUGCUUUCAUGAACAAUAUCUACACAUUGGUACGCUUUCCCUCUGUUUUUGUUUUUGAGAAUCACUCCACACCGAAGUAGAAGGGUGGUGCUACCAUUAUAAGCACACAAGCUUUGAUACGGAGCCAGUGUUUCCAUAUACAGGCUCCUUGGAAUGUGAGUGUACCAGCCAUUAAGAUUAUACCACCAUUAUUGCACUGUCACUUUGUAUAUACCAUCUGCACUAUAUUGUAUUCUUUUACAUGUACUAUGAUAUGAAACAACGCUUGGUAAGCAAUAUAUGAGUUUGAGCGCUCCACUUAUAGGUGUAGGUCCCUGUUACUCACACCGUAUUUAAAUCUAUUAUUUUGUCAAGUGGGAUAGAGGAUAUUUCCACACAAGUGUAGAGAGCAGCCUGAAAAUCACUUGCACUUUGUAGAGCACCCUGUUACACACAUUCCUCCGUAAAAAGAGGUCAACUUUUAUUGGUAUACAUCAGGGCUAGACUGGGAAAAAAAAUUCGGCCAGGGCAUUUUUUAAUCUUGGUGGCCCAAUAAGAAGGGGGCGGGACAGAGCAGAGAGGGUGUGUUUUGUCAUCACCAAUGACAAGCACACCCCCUCUCAAAGUAAGCAUUUUGGUUCAAUGCUCUUCCAGGGCAGACCAUGCACAGAGCUCUGCUGAAGAGCUCUACCAUGAGAAAGAGGCCCUGUAUUUGUUCUGCACAGUGUAAGCAAAUUUAAUAACAUCCUUGCGCUGUGUUUCCUUGCAUCUUGUUUCUGGUGUCUUUAUAAAUGAGAUACCAGGAGACAAAAGGGCCAGGGAAAAGUAUUGGGCAAAUGUUUGGAGCCUGCUUGUGUAGAUCGAGCUGAUUGUGGUGUGGUAUUCUGUAAUAAGGUCGGUUUUAGUUGUGUUGUGUUUGUGGUGUAAUGUAAUGCAUGUGUGUCUAGGGGAUGCAGUAUGUGUGUGAGGGGUGCAGUGUUUGUGUGAGGGGUGCUGUAGUGUGUGUGUGUGUGUAUAUAUAUAUAUAUAUAUAUAUAUAUAUAUAUAUAUAUACACACACACACAAUACUUCCAUAUAUAUAUAUAAACAAAGGAUAGGAAGUAUUGUGUGUGUGAGUGGUGCAGUGUGUGGGUUCUGUGUGUGUGAGUGAAGGGUACAGUGGGUGUGUAUGUGAGGGGUUCUGUGUGUGUGUGUGUGAGGGGUGCAGUGUGUGUGUGUGUGUGUGUGUGAGGGGUGCAGUGUGUGAUGGAUGCUGCGAGGGUGCUGUGUGUGUGUGUGAGGGUGCUGUGAGUGUGAGGGGUAAAGUGUGUGUGUGAGUGAGGGUUGAUGAGUGAUGUGUGUGAGGUGAUGUGUGUGAGAGUGAUGUGUGGGAGGUGUUAUAUCUCCCCUCCCUUCUUACCUUUAGCCUGGAAGGGGGAGACCGUGCUGUCAUCCCUAGUGGUGAGUGAACUCUAGUCUGUGGGGCUAGAGUUCACUCUCACGAGAUCAGGGGCGUUGGCAACACUGCAGAUCUUGCGAGAGGAAUCCAUCGGAGCUGCAAGAUAGAGCUCCGCCGGGUCCUCUCCCUCCCCAGCCGCAUGUCUGUGCAAGUGGGCCGGUGAGAAAAAUCUUUGAUCUCCCCACUGGCCCAUCAUGGAAUACUGCAGGGCCAGUGCUCGGAUAGCGUGGGCCCUGCAUAGACCGUAUGGGAAGGUCCUGUGACCUCCCCUGCCAGCCUCGGCCCAUGGCUAUCGCAGCCCACCGGGCAUUUCCUGGUAUACAUAGUUGGGUAACACCAGACAUCAGUAUAAUGCAGGGUUUCAGGGUACUGUUGAUGUACAAAGUAUAUUGUACAGUGUGGCUGGAUGACUAAGUGUUUCCACAUUUAGUAUGGAUUUAAUAUUCCUAUGUUAUAUCUGCUCUGGACUGUUUUUAUAACAGCUAGAAAUGUUUAUUGGAUAUGUUGAUGUAAUCCUAGUGAGGAGAGACCCAGGAGUCACGAUUUCUUGCGUAAGCACAGUUUUCCAUGGACAAUUCAUAACACCAUUUCUCUUAGACCUGCUAGUAAUUGCACCUACAUAUUAAAGGCACACCGUGGGCAUUAUACCCAUUUAAUCUCCUUGAAUUGGUUAAAGUGCCUGCAGUCCUCUGGUGUAUUCCUUUCACUAUAGAUGUAGAACACCCGCCCCCACUCCACCUACUUGGCUGAGAUUAUCAGUUCUGAUGAUCUCAGCCAAUCCAAUUCUUUCACAUAAAAAAGCAUUUGUAGGUUAAUGCGCACACGGCAAAACGUUGCAAUGCGUCAAUCAGCACCUCCUCAUAGAGAUGCAUUGAAUCAAGGCAUCUAUCUGAGGAACAUUUAGUGCCUCCAUGCAGGGCGUGGAGACACUGAACCUCCCAAGAAGCACCUCUAGUGGCCAUCUGAGUGAUUGCCACUAGAGGUGUCCCUAGGCAGCAAUGUAGAUACUGCCUUUUAUCUGAAAAGGCAGUGUUUACAAAAAAAUGCCUGUAGGGGGCGGGGCAGGCUUUCGACACCAGAACAACUACAUUAAGCUGUAGUUGUUCUGGUGACUACAGUGUCCCUUUAACUUGAAGAUCCGGAUUUUACAUUAUUGCAAACUAUUAUGCCAGCAAUCCCUGGUUGUUGAACAGUGGUGCUACAGAUCAUACUGGACGACAAUUCCACAAUUCUCUUUCAGGUUAUGGCUUCUAUAGGAUGAUAGGGAUUUUUCUACAAAGACAGUUUGACACUCCUGACAUAAGCGCUUAUCACCUCUAGAGCAAGGAAUGGCAAAACUUAAAGCCAUGACUGCUAAAUUUGGUUUCCCUUUGGCACCUUUUAGUGUACUGUACUAAAGAAUAAUAUAAAAGUCUUAUCUGUUCUAGGAGGUGCUCCUCUCUUUCACUAUAGUGCAGUGAACUUUUCUGUGUUCUUUUCCGUUUAUAAAUUGUUUUUUUUGUUAAAUUUUUUUAUUAAAAUGUAAUUUACAGAUUCUAUUGACACUGUAAUUAUGUAAUUUGCCAUUUCAAUGUGAACGUGAUGUAGAAAUUUAAAAAGGACUAAAAAUGGUAAAUAGGAAACCGUUGUAUGUCUUCCAUAAAUAAAAUGACUAUAAUAAUAAAUUGUUAUAGAAAAGUAUUCUUGUUUUAAAUUGUGCAUUCAAUUGUUGUAUAGUAGAUUUACAAAAGAACUUGAAAUGGGUACUAGUGACCUCAAAUCAAUGUCAGUUAAUUUUAUGUGAAAGGGAAGCAUCAAUGGUAUAUAUGUAAGACACACAGUAAAGGAAAAAUGGUUAUUUUGUGUUGAGAAAAGAUCAUGGCAUUUGAAAUAGUGAAUGUUUAGAUUUAUUUCCAAAAUGUUUGUAUAAUUUAGCAUCUCCAAAGGCAGUGUAAAUGUCAAGGCUCAAGAAAAUGUGAGUGCACACACAUUUGUGAUAUAGGGGCUCAAGAAAAUGUGAGUGCACACACAUGUGUGAUAUAGGUUUACAUUAAACAAACUAUACAAAUAUACUGUGCAUUUCUUUUUACUUCUUGUCUUGUAGCCCCCUAUAUCAUCAGAAGGGAAUAUUUGCAUGUUUUAUGUUUUUACAUUGCUUUUAUAGUGUAAACAUCUAGCACAG